AUGUCUGCUGCUAACUGUCUGCUGACUGAAGAUCAGUUCCUGUGCUCCAUCUGUCUGGAUGUCUUCACUGAUCCUGUCAGCACACCAUGUGGACACAACUUCUGUAAGAACUGCAUCACUAAACACUGGGACGUCAACGCCUCAUAUCGCUGUCCCAACUGUAAAGAGGUCUUCAAAAGCAGGCCUGAGCUGAAGGUGAACACCUUCAUCAAGGAGAUGGCUGCUCAGUUCAGACAGUCAGCUCAGCUGCAGCUUUAUCUGACCAUGAAGAAACAUCAGCUGGUCGACCCUGUGGAGAGUCUAGAGAGCAGGAUGUGUGAGAAGCAGGCCGAGCUGGGGAAGACGAAAGCUAAAAUGAAUCAGAUGAUCCAGAAGAGACGACUGAAGAUUGAAGAGCUCAAACACUCAGUGAAGCUCAGUGAUCAGAAUGCAGACAGAGAGAUAGCAGAAGGUGUUCAGGUCUUCAGCGCUCUGAUAGAGACUGUGCAGAGAAACCUCAACAGACUCAUCGAUUCAGUCAAAGAGAAACAGAGAAGGACAAAGAACCAGGCUGAAGGCUUCAUCAGAGAGCUGGAACAGGAAAUCUCUGAGCUAGAAAAGAGGAGCACUGAGGUGGAGCAGAUCUCACGCUCUGAAGACCACCUCCAACUCCUCCAGAACUUCACGUCUCUGAACGCUGCUCCACCCACCAAGGACUGGACUGAAGUCAGAGUCCAUCCACCUUCAUAUGAGGGGACUGUGAGGAGAGCUCUGAACCAGCUGGAGGAGACCAUCAGUGAACAGAUGAAGAAGCUGAUCUGUGAGGCGGAGCUGAAGAGAGUCCAGCAGUUUCGGGUGAAUGUGACCCUUGAUCCUGAUACCGCACAUCCUGAACUCAUCCUGUCUGAUGAUGGAAAACUGGUCAAACACGGUGACAUGAAGAAGAAUCUCCCACAAAGUGAAAAUAGAUUUGAUUUCAAUAAUUGUGUCUUAGCAAAGCAGAGUUUCUCUGCAGGCAGAUUUUACUACGAGGUUCAGGUUAAAGGGAAGACUAAGUGGGAUCUAGGAGUGGCCAGGAAGUCGGUCAACAGGAAGGAAGAUAUCACACUGUCUCCUAGGAACGGUUUCUGGGUGAUAUGUUUGAGGAACAAAAAUGAGUACAAAGCUUGUGCUAGUCCACCAGACCGUCUCUCUCUGAAGUCUGGUCCUGAGAAGGUGGGGGUGUUUGUGGAUUAUGAGGAGGGUGUGGUCUCCUUUUACGAUGUUGAUACUGCAGCUCUGAUCUACUCCUUUAUUGGCUGCUCCUUCACUGAGAAACUCUGCCUGUACUUUAGUCCCUGUAACAACGAUGGAGGUAAAAACUCUGCUCCUCUGAUCAUCUCUCCUGUCAGUCAGUCUUUGGCUGACUACACACACUAA